GGCAGCUGGGAGUGUGGCGAAAGUGCGGCUGCGGAAGCGCAGCGACGCCGGGGAGGAGGAAGAGAGCGCCGCUGCUGGGCUGCGGGGCUCCUGGCGCCAUGGGUCGCCUGCAUUGCAUGCAGGACCCGGUGCCCGAGGCCGUGCGCGGCGACAUGCAGCAGCUGAACCAGCUGGGCGCGCAGCAGUUCUCAGCCCUGACAGAAGUGCUUUUUCAUUUCCUAACCGAACCUAAAGAGGUGGAACGCUUGCUGGCUCAGCUCUCUGAAUUUGCCACUACUAAUCAGAUCAGUCUUGGCCCCCUCAAAAGCAUCGUGAAAAGCCUCCUUCUGGUUCCGAAUGGUGCAUUGAAGAAGGGCCUCACUGCAGAGCAGGUGCAGGCUGAUCUCCUGACUCUAGGUCUCAGUGAGGAGAAAGCCACUUACUUUUCUGAAAAGUGGAAGCAGAACGCCUCAGCCCUUGCACAGUGGGCCAUAGGUCAGACCCUGAUGAUUAACCAGCUGAUUGAUAUGGAGUGGCGAUUUGGAGUGACGUCUGGAAGCAGUGAACUAGAGAAAGUGGGAAGCAUAUUUUUACAGUUAAAGUUGGUGGUUAAGAAAGGAAAACAAGCUGAAAACGUGUAUAUAGAAUUAACCUUGCCUCAGUUCUACAGUUUCCUGCAUGAGAUGGAACGAGUCAGAGCAAGCAUGGAGUGCCUCAGCUGAUCCUGAUUCUCGUGGACUUGCUCCUGCCUCUUCCCUAAUGGCUGCUCCAAGGGUCCUACCACCUUGGGAGCCCAGGUGCAAUUUCUGAAAAAACAGGACACAGUACUUGAGGCAUCCUGCGGGAUUCCUCUGUAAACUCCUCAAGGGAGCCGCCACCUCCCAGCUCCUGGGAUGAGUUGUGCACCUCGAUACUCCGUACCAGCUCUGACUGCUGGGAUUGCCCUUUCUUUGGGGUUAUUGUCACUUCCCAUUAAACAGCGUGAACGAAUGGUUUCUUCAGUCAGA